UGGAGUCAGAUGACCACGAGAGGAUGUGCAGCAUGGGAUGUGUUGCCACAUCUGCUACCCGAUUUUCUUUUGUUGGGAUUCUUCUGGUGUGUUUUAAAAGUUUGGAUGGAUUCAUACUUCUAUGCCCAGCCUCAAACAUUAAUUGUAGAAGGAAUACCAAUUCUCCCACUUAUGACAAUCUGCAUAUUCAGGAGACACUUGGUAAUUCCAUUGAAAUUGACAGUCCAUCUAUUUUAAAAUCAGUGAGUAGAUUAAAUAAACCAAAUCCUCAUGAAUAUUUGGAUGAAAAGGGAUCUCAUGAAAAUCUGCUGAAAAGAUUGUACAAAUCACCCAAUGUUCUACAAGUGGCACCCAGAGCAAAAACAACUGAAAAUGCAGAAGGGACUCUAGAGCUGGGCAUCCAAAAUGCAUUACCUACAGAAAUUACAGAAGCUUUUGGUGACAUCAACAUGAGGACUAAAAGCCCUCUGGAAAUCGUAAGGACCCAUCAGGAAACAAGACAUGAAGAUAAUGAGCUUGAAAAAAAUCCUAGGGAAGAAUAUUUAUUUCUUAGGUUUCUAAAAAACAGGAGACAAUUUGCAGAAACUAUUGGAAAACUUGUAGUAGAGCAAGUAAAACCUGUUCCAUGUACAAUGGUUGAAAAAUCAUGGAAGCCUGCGGGGCAAAAAGGGCCUAUGGAGGUUAACAGGCAGACCCAGGUGUCUCCCAAAGCAAACAUGACAGACAAUACAGAGAAAAAUUAUGAGUUGCAUAUCAAAAAAGUGGCUACAGAAAUUUUAGAAGCUUUUGGUGACAUCAGUCUGAGGACUAAAAGCCCUCUGGAAAGCUUAAGGAGCCAUCAGAAAACAAGACAGGAAGAUCAUGAGCUUAGGAAAAAUCCAAGGGAAGAACAGUUAUUUCCUAGGUUCCUAAUAAAAAGACGAGGAUUUGCAAAACUCACUGGAAGACUUGCAUCAGAGCAAGGAAAACUUACUUCAUAUUCCAUAGUUAAAAAAACAGGGAAUUCUGAAGCGCUAAUAUUGCCUCAGCAAGUUUCUUCCCUUAACAGGCUUCCUGAAGCAAUAGUUCAUUCCUUAAAGAAGCGCUCCAUUUUAUAUCUUCCAACUGAGCUACCUCCUUUGACUUCUUCUACUGUAGAGGAUGAUGGUGGUGAGGAAGAGAAUGGUAAAGUCAUCUUUAUUCUGAAAUCUGGCAACACAUCAGCAAGGUCCAGACAUGGAAACCACAGUGUAAAAGAGCAAAAUACUCAAAGCGAACAAAUCACAGAGAAUGUUUUGGAGAAGGAACUUCAAUCUCAGGAUUCAAGAAGGGAAGACCUCAGACACUUGAUAAUUGGAGGAAGCAACUCUAGAAGGCCUACUGAUGAGUCUAAAAGUUUGGAUGAACUGUUACCUGAGAAAAGAUUAUCUAAUGAAGCGCAUUGGGAGUAUCAGGAAGAAACCACAUCUGCUCUCCUAUUGUCUGAUUUUUCCUCAACCACUGAUAACUCUUUGCUUCAGGGUGAUGUCUUUGAAGCUGAGGUGCAAAUACUCUUGGCACAGCUGAUCCUCAAUGAGCGCAUCAGGAACCUAAUUUCCCACUUGAUCCGUUUAAUCAAAGUGGAUUGCAGAGAACUAACUACCCAGAACUCUUGUGGUUUUCUCAUCUCAAGAAUAGGUCUUGUUAUGAAACUGUACAAUAAGAGAAAAAGCACCCAGGAGGCAUCUGCUCUGUUGAAAUCGUCCUUGUUUCUGGGGGAAAAUAUAAAGAAUAUGACUACAGCAAGCUCCAGAAAAAUGGAGAAACCUUCUGAUGAGAUACCAAAGCAGGGAAUUUCACAAUAUGGGAAUGGCAUCAAUUGGCCUUUAGCUGUUUCAGUGACAACGGUGAUGGUGGUUAUUAUUGUAAUAAUUUGUUUCAUUGAGAUCUGUUCUCAUCGAUCUGCAAAAGGAACGGAAGGAACCCCUCAAGAAAACCGGACAUUUCUGGGUAGAAAGAAGAAAGCUAUACCUGAAAAACAGACUUUAGCAUCUUCUUUUGAGAAGCCUCUUUGGCUUAAUGAAAUUUAUCAAUCUGUUGAUAAACUGUGGAAAAAAUACAGCAGGGAUAAAUUACGCAAUGAAGAAUCCCCGGAAGAGGAAGAGAUAUUUAAUCAUGACAGCAUAAGAUCUCAAGAAAUCCCUCAACCUCCUCCUGUGGAAAUAAUAGAGCUAAUGCCACCACCACCACCAGCAGAAGCUGAAGCUGAAGCUCCGGCUCCGGCUCUGGCUCCAGCUCCAGCUCCAGCUCCGGCUCCGGCUCCGGCUCCGGCUCCAGCUCCGGCUCCAGAACCUGUGAAAAAGGCCAGUUCGAAGAAACUGUCUGAAAAAGAGAGCCCAACUAGUGAAACUUCUCCAAAGACGGAGUCUGAAAAAGAGAGCCCAACUAGUGAAACUUCUCCAAAGACGGAGGCUUCAGGAACGGAAGAAGAAGGAACUGAAGGAACUUCAAAGAAGGGAAGUUCAGAAGAGGAAGAAGGGGAGGAAGGUGAAGAAGACUAAUCCUACUUAUCCAGAGCACUGUUUAUUUUAAAUAUUUUAUUAUUAAAUACAUUAUUUGUCAUUCAUCUUUUUUAUUGUUACCCUUAUCCUGAG